CUUUUUUCGAGGGAAAGAUUGUGUGUUUUCUUACUACAUUUUUACCUUUUCAAUCUGUUUCCUUCAUCCUUCAUCCUAUGACAUUCGUUCCUCAGUAAAGUAAACAUCAGCUUUACUUCUGCUACUCAAGCGGCGGGGUCAAUCGUUUUGUUGAUCUUCAUUUUAAGCACAUGGUUCAUCCCACCUGACUUCCAUUGGAGUACCAAAACAAUCACCUAAGGGAUAUUCUUCCUCUGAAACAUCAAAUCCUUCACCGAUAACCUCACCUGUGAAAAUGGCGCCAUGGCAGCCUCUUGAAAGCGCUUCCACUAUACACUCCAACUCUCAACAUCAAGAUCAUGCCCUCCUCUCUCGAAAUCUCCAGCAUCCAACUCACACUCAGGCCGUCACAUUGGGCGUCAUUGCGGGAUAUGUCGUCGCAAUCGCCAUCCUCUGGAAUGUGCCUUACCUGCGCAUGAUCUUGUGGCCGUUCAAGAUGCUUGUCAUUGCCUUCCAUGAAUUCGGCCACGCCAUCACCGCCAUCCUCACCGGCGGCCACGUCAAAUCAAUCUCCCUCGACCCCCAUGAAGGUGGCGUCACUCACCUCACCGGCGGCAUCAGCGCCAUCACCCUGCCCGCAGGCUAUCUCGGCUCCUCCAUCAUUGGCGCACUGCUCACCAUGUGCGGUUUCGACAUCGUCGCCAGCAAAAUCGCCAGCAUCGUCCUGGGAGUGUGUUUCCUGCUAACCCUCUGGUGGGGGAAACGCGACUGGCUGACUAUCAUGACCAUCUUGCUUGCUGUUGGACUGCUGAUUGGAUGUUGGUUUAUCGUUCAUGCUGAGGCGUUGCGCUUUGUUGUUUUGUUCAUUGGCGUCAUGAGUUCGUUGUACAGCGUGUGGGACAUUUGUGACGAUUUGAUCCUUCGAAAGGUCAAUGAGUCGGAUGCGAGCGUCUUUGCCAAGAGGUACGGCGGCUCGUCGCAGUGUUGGGGUGUCAUUUGGUCCAUCAUUUCGGUGCUGUUCAUGGCUGUGGGCAUCAUCAUAGGGUUGGCCGCUUUUUCGCAGUCGUUUGCGCAGCAGGAGGAGGAUUCUAAGCACUUUAUCCCUACGUAGAUGUAUGAUUUUCAGUAUUUUCAGAUAUGGCUAUGAAAGAGGUGGAAAGAGGACGGGAACUGACGACUGAUUUUCAGGACUGUUGAUGAAUUUUUUAUGAUACCCAACGUUAGAAACGACGAAAUUGAUUACACUAUAGGAUAGUACACAUUUAACUGAAAUCAUAUACAAUCAAUUCAAUAUGUGCAAAAAGUCG